AUGUCCGAGCUCCGCGCCGGCGGCCGUGUCCCGCAGGGCCGUGCAGCUGCUGGCGGCGGCGACGCCCCGCCGGCGGAGGUAAGCGGCGGGAGCCCGGGGCCGGCCGUGGCGCAGCCUGCGGAGUCGGCCUCGGGCGCGAUGGCCGCGCGGCGCCCGGAGGAGAGCCCCGAGAGCCGGUCCAGGGCCCGCUUCCUGCGGGAGAUCUGCAUGGGCGCGGCCGCCUUCUCCCGGCCCGAGCGCGAGCCCGAGGCCUUCGGCGCUGCGUGGGGGCGAGCGCAGCCGCCGUUCGGGGAGGAGGUGCCGCACGCCCACGGCGGCCGGUUGCGGGGCCUGGACGAACCCAACUGGGUGUUCAUGGAUGCGUGCCGGGCGAGGGAGGUGGCCCGCGACGCCCGCUGGCAGACGCGCUACCCCAACGUCUACCUGGAUUAUUUCACGUUCAUCGAAGACCUCUUCGCGUCGGUGGCUCUCAGUCGCCUGGCCGCGGAGCUCGGCUGCGACAGGUUGAAAGACAGAGAGUAG